AUGGAACCCAAUGAGAUGCCUGCUGACCACCACUGCCCCUCCGACUCAACCCCAGUGGCUGAGACCAGACCCCCUCAGGGCAUGGAGCUUAUCCCCAGGAGAGCCAUCAGUCGCUCUCCAACUUGCGCUCGCUGCCGCAACCAUGGUGUCACUGCUCACCUCAAAGGCCACAAGCGCCUCUGCCUCUUUCAGGCUUGCGAGUGUCACAAAUGCGUCCUCAUCCUGGAGCGCCGGAGGGUCAUGGCUGCCCAGGUGGCCUUGCGGAGACAGCAGGAGGCCCAGCUAAAGAGGCACUUGGCCCAGGGACUGAUGAGGAGAGGGGCGGCCCCUCCCAAAGCUCCAAGCCGUGUUAAGAAGGGAGCCAGUCAACCAGGUGAGUGUCUGCCCUCUGGAAAGGAGAACAUAGCACCCCAGUCUUUGACCCCUCAUGGGACAGUCCCACUGGCGCUGACACCCCCUGGGAAGAACUCCCGGGGUCCUCUGCUACUCAGCCGCCCCCCAGAAGCCUUGCCUUUGCCCUGGACUCCAGUGCCUCCAGGCCCUUGGGCCCCUGGACACUGGCUAUCUCCAGGCUUUUCCAUGCCACCUCCAGUGGUAUGUCGCUUGCUAUGCCAAGAACCUGCUGUCCCUCUGCAUCCUUUCCCUGGCUUUGACCCUGGCACCUCCCUCCGGCUGCCUACUCAUGGGCCCCUCACCACUUGCCCUGGAUCUCGCCCUGUAUUGACAGCUCCUCUUUCUGGAGAGCCUCAGGGGCCCUCUAGCCUACCCCACACAUGCUCAACUCUGAUACUCCAGUCCUGUGGCACCUCAGACCCUCUUCUGCUACAGCCACAGGCCCCUGGAGCCUCUCGUCUGACCUGGACAUCUGCCCCCUCAGAAAGGCAGCUGCAGCAGGAAGCAGCUGAGGCCCUUGUGGGCCUGAAAGAUUCAUCCCAGGCUCCCCGCCUGACCCCUUCUGUACCCCCCAACCCUGCCUGGAUUUCCCUGCUUCACCCUUGUGGCCCACCAGCUCCUGCUGGAGGAAGAGGAUUCCAGCCUGUUGGCCCCUCUCUCCGACCCAGCCCAGCCCCUGCUGUUGCUCUGCAUAUUGGGCGUCUGGGGUCCAUCUCUCUCCUGAGCUAG